GUCGUCGUCGUGGUCCUCCUCUGCACACGUCGACACGUGCCGCUGAUCGCGGCGGCACCGGCUCCUGGUACCGCUGAUCCCGGACCAAGCUCAACGUAUGCACUUGCACUCUGCGAGUCUCGCGCGUCGUGCCGCCUCAAUUGGACUUGAUGAGGUGUUUUGUUCGCGUUUGCUUUUCUCACGGGCUCUUCGCGUGAUAACUGGGUCACGACGACCGGGAAUUUCAUCUAGAACGAUGUCUCGUUCGAUGUCCGGGAGCGGGUUUUGCACAAAUUCACGACGAACUCCGGGGAAGGGGAUGGUGAUAUCGCGAAACGCGAGCUCUCGUUCCGCGUGUCGCGACCCAGAGGAAGGAGAGACGGCUGUACUCGCGUGGAAAAGCUCGAUAACGGAGCUAAUCGCGGAUUACGGCAAAGGCUCGUAAGAACAAGCGAAGCUGACGAACGAACGAACGAACGAACGAACGAACGAACGAACGAACGAACGAAGAGAAUAGAGUGGGGGCGAGGCACUCGUGAGUGUGCUUCUUGGCCAACAUCCACACACCGUGUCGCAGGUGGAAUACGACUAAUUGCAGUUCUACCUGCGUCACCUGCGCGCCGCCGCGCCGCGGUCGCGAAUUUCCGCGUCGAAAGAGCGUGCUCGAGUCCGAAAGCCGCCCUUGUUCUUUUCGCGCGCGCUUCUUUGCCGUUGUUCCUUCGAGAGAUAACUUUGCGCCACCGCUUCGAGUUCGCUUCACGAUGCGGCGAGGAUCCGUCAGCAGUUGGCAGUCCUACGGACAGCGAAAUUCCGAUUGCAUGAUGCAGACGUAUUCUGGUAACACCGCGCUGUCUCCGCCCAGCGAGGAGAUCGUCCAUCAUCGGAAAGGUGGUUGGUUCUUGACGUACAAAAAAGUCCUUUCCUUCAUCGUCCUGAUCAUGGUCGCCGUGAUCGUUGCCGGUCUGAUCGGCUGGAAUAUCGGCACGAUGCCAAAAACGAGAUCGUACGAUCCCUUGGCCCUGAUCGAGGACGAGACGGAGGAGGGUGACAUCAUCAUAGCCUCGAUAUCGCCUUUCGUUCAUCCUCUGAGAUACAGCCUUGAAUUGACGCCGCCUAGCCUAGAUAUGAACGCAACGGCCAAGUUCAAAGGGCGAGUCGUCGUCGAAUUCCGCAUCGACGGCACGCCAUCCUUGAACAAAUUGUCCCUCAAUGCGUGGAACGUCACGGCUACGCGUUACAAGCUGUUGUUUGUGGACGAGAGCCGCCACGCGCCGGCCAGAAGGAGACGCAGGAGACGCGCCGAAGAUGACGAUAACGCCGGCACCGCUACCCCGUUAAAUCGCACCGUGACGUCGUCUUCGCAACUGGAAAAACAGGGAGGCACGCAGGAGGAUGUCACGGGCCACCCUUUAGGAAAUGUAACGUCCUCUGGCAAUGAAACCGCUUCGCAGAACGAAACUUUGUCCUUGCCCGACGAGAGAGCCGUGGAGUCGGCGAACGCGACGACGUCUGAGCCGCCAUCCAAUACGGUAACUUUCGCUAACGGAAACCGAACGGCGACCGAAGUGGAAAUCCAGCGGUACGAAGUAGAUGUUAAUAACGGAUUACACGUGAUACACCCGGCCGUCGCCAUGAGUUCAGGGAGGUACAGCUUGGAGAUCGAUUACGAGAUUCAGCCCGACGGCAAGACGAUUUACUCGGCGAGCUUCGGCGAGGAAAAAUCGCUAACGGGAGUGCAGUUGAAGCCUGUAGGAGCGUCGCGUCUCCUGCCAAUUUUCGACGACGUGAAUCUCAAGGCUGUCUUUUCGAUAUCCGUGGCACGCCCACGGGAAGCAAGGGUCCUCUCGAACAUGCCUCUCAGGAGCUCCCGUGACACACCGGACGAUUGGGCGAUUGAUACCUUCGAGGACACCCCGUUGCUGUCGCCUUACAAUCUAGCUUUCGUGGUGGGCCAAGUAGAGUCAUUGGACGAAACGAAAGCGGGGCCUGAUAACGCGACGGUAACUUUCUGGGGCGACCUGAAAAGACACUCACGAGGGAUGUACCUAGUCGACAAACUCUACCACGUCGUCGAACAUCUCAACGGCGUGUUCUCGAUGCCUUAUCCGUUAGCGAAAUUGGAUAUCGUCGCGUUACCCUCGCGAAUCGUCGACAAUACCGGGAAUCUGGGACUGAUAUCGAUGAGGCAAUCGCUCUUCUACCUCACGCAUCGAUCUCCCAUGGUCAUGAAGACAGACGCGUUAAGCGCUCUGAUAAGCCUGAUAGGAGAACAAUGGCUGGGCGGUGUGGUAAACACGAAAAAUUGGACGGACGUUUGGCUGCUGGAAGGCUCCACGCUUCACUUGCGACACACCAUGAUCGAGAAGAUAGACCCGUCACUGGACUCCAAUCAUGCGUUCAUCGCGGACGUGCAAUGGGAUGCCAUGGAGGAGGAUGGUUACAGCAUUUCAAAGCCACUGCGAUCUAACAUCAAUCCUGUUCACUUGGAUUUCUCGGAUGAUAACGCUCGGCAUAAGAAAGGUGCAUGCUUGAUUCGCAUGUUGCAUGGCGUGAUAAACGAUACCGCCUUUAGGAACGGCUACCGGAAAUUCAUAGCGAGGUGGAAUUAUUCGACAGCGAGCGUCGAUGACUUUUGGGAAGCGAUGGCGGAAGGGAGCGUCGGCUUACCCGGGGGAAUUACUCUCUCCGAAACGUUGGACCCCUGGAUUUCGCAUCGCGGAUAUCCGAUUGUCAGAAUCGUGAGGAAUUACGACGGCGGCAGCGCUGCUAUUCGACAGGAAAGAUUUACGUACGAUCAUCAAUCGUCGUCAUCCGACACUCAGUCCACGUGGUACGUGCCGCUCGAUUAUAUUAACAAAACGAGCGGUGAUUGGUCAUCUCCGACGAAAACGUGGUUGCAUCCCGAGAUGGAGAUGGUGUUGCAUAAUGUCGCUGCUCAGGAUUCUUGGGUCGUGUUCAACGUGAAUAAAACAGGUUAUUACCGUGUGCAUUACGACGAGGAAAAUUGGAGACUCCUGGCUCAGGCUCUCGAAGAAAAUCCCGAGGUCCUCCCGCCGGAAACCAGAGCGUCGCUCGUCGACGACGUUCUCGGCCUCGCCGCGGUCGGCUUGACGAAAUACGCGACCGCUCUCGACUUCAUUAAAUAUAUGCAAAUGGGAGAACGGCAUUACGCUCCUUGGGGUGUCCUGAUGCGUCAUCUGUUGAAGUUAAACGGUCUUCUCUACGAGACGUCGGGCUUCAGCGGCUUCCAGGAAUUUACAUUGAGAUUCACCUCGCAAUUGUACUCCGACGUGGGAUGGAACAUCGACGAGGGAUCGCGGCUAACUUUGACCGCCGUUACGAUAGCGUGCGCGUUCGAGAAUGCAGAAUGUCUCGAGUGGUCCAGGAAUAAUUUCGCCAAACUGAAGGAUCACCCCGACGUCGUACCGGCGUACGCACGCGACGUUCUAUACUGCACCAUCGCGCGAUACGGCACGCGAAACGAGUGGAACUACUUUGUUGAGAGGGCAAAUUCCACGGCGGAUAGCGAGGAGAAGAAUCGCCUUUUGUCGACGUUUGCGUGCUUCCAAACACCGUGGAUCUUGCAGUCGCUACUCAGCGAGCUUCUUGAGGGUAAGAUGUACAACGAGGAGGAGACGCAGAGGAUCUUAAGAAGUUUCCCGCAGAAUCCGGUCGCUGCGCAAAUUGCCUACAAGUUUGUGCGAAAUAAUUGGCAGGUUAUCGUCACGAGAUUCGCGAGGUCCCGUCCAAUUGUAAAAGCUUUCGCGCUGGCGACGACGAAAGGUUUGACCACUGAGGAAGACUUGGACGACUUUCAGACUUUCAGCGAGGACAAUCACGAAACCAUAAAGAUCGUGGGAUACACGAUGGCGAUGGUCGAGGCGCACGCUAAUUUCGCGAUCAUGUGGUUGAAGGAGUCCUUGCCGGAGAUCCAAGAGUGGCUGACGGCGAACAACUUCACAGAGAUAUCGACAUGAAUAUCCAUCCUCCUUUGACCGUGCGUCACGAUGAGGGAGGGAGAAUCGCGUUCCCUCGCAUCGACUCAUCCUCCUCGCGUUCGCGCGAACAACUGCGCGAGAACUUUUCUACGACAACAAGUUUUAUUUCUCCGUAUGCUUUUGUCAAGCAUGAUUACAAAACCAAGCAACAAGAAUCUCGUCCUUACAUCGUGUAGCCUUAGAACGACGGUCGUUAGUAUAAUUAGUAAUAAGUACAUAUUUAACAAACGAUAUACAUAAUAAUCGUAUCUAACGGUGGUAAUUAUUAUUCCAAUAUUUACCGUAAACUCUCGGCUCGCACGUCAUCAUGACGUUGAACGUCAUCGCGUUAAACAGCGCUCUUCUAUUGCUCUAUAUAUGUACGGUACACGCUCGUUUUAUAACACGCUAGAAUAUCGUUAUCGUUUUACUGUCAUCUAUCGGUACCGUUGUGUCCUUGCACGCGUCCUUAGCCUAACUCGUUAAAUGCGUUAAGUACGGAAUUCGCAAGCUAUCAAACACGUGUUUAAGGGUGGAAGCGAUGAUUUAUCGUCUCGGGUGGGGCUCGGCCUGUUGAAGAUUAAUGACGGCUGUUAAAUCCGAGUCCUAAACAUACAUCGAGUUCCAGUCUCGCUUCUCGCGAACAUGUUCUCGCGGAGGUUCAUCGCAGGGGCGUUUUUUUUUUUUUAGCUAGAGC